ACUGUUUUAGGGACCCCUAAACUGAAAGCUUGAUAGGCGCCGCCCUCUCAGAGGGUAGGACCAUCCCCUCAGAGGGCAUAAAAACAGAGGGAUGCUUACAUCUGGACCAGUAUGUGGACGUCACGGUCAUUGAUGUUAUCUUGAAUAAUUGUGCAGUUUUGUGUUGCUUGAUAAUUAAUUAUAUGUGUGCAAAUAAUUGCUUUAAUUUACAACCAAAGUAAUAAUGAAGAGCUGGCUAGAGACCGCCAGCAGCAUGGAGGACGGCUCGCUCUCUUGCAUGCUUGCCGAACCGAGGGAAGCUCUGCUACCUAUCACAGACAGAGAAAACUUGGCGCCUAGGAAAAGAGAUAGAACGCUAGAACCAUGCGCUCUGUCCGAGGAUGCCUACCUAUCCAGUGGAGCAGGGUCCCCUUGCGCCGGCCUCUCCAGGGAAGAAAGAAGACGACGUCGCCGUGCCACGCUCAAGUACCGAACAGCCCAUGCCACGAGAGAAAGAAUACGGGUAGAAGCUUUCAAUGCUGCUUUUGGCUCCCUCAGAAGACUGUUACCCACUCUCCCACCCGACAAAAAGCUGUCCAAGAUCGAGAUCCUCCGUUUAGCUAUAUGCUAUAUUGCCUACUUGAAUCAUGUUUUAGAUGCGUAAAUGUUUGACGCAGUUCGCGUGGAAUGAUCCGAAAUCAUUGAUUUUUCGGAAUAAAAUGGGCCUAUCUGCAACAAGAUCUAAUUUAUCAUCUUCCUAUCAUCAUAUCAGUCGAUGGAUGUCCACUGCAAGACAUGCCUUUUGCAGGGACUUCCAAACAUCACGAUACUGAGCCACCUGCGUCCAGCGAAUCCCUGCGACUCACUCUAAUCUAAUCUAAUUUAUGUCUACCAAAUUCAUCCAAAUCGGUCCAGUGGCUUAGCCGUGAACAGGUAACAGAUAUACUUACUUUCCCAUUUAGGUAUAAUAGUAUAGAAAAAGUUAAUUAUAAUAAUUAACUUUUUCUAUACUUUUAUGGAAGAAAUAACAUGUAUAAUGGAUGAAGUACAAAGACAAAGUUUGAUUCUUUAACAAUCACUAUCAGAUUGUUAAUAACCGAAUCUUGGCUGGUACUGUAAAUUUCUUCAAUAAUUGAAUUGUGGAAUCAAGAAUCUAAUAUUGGACAUCGCAUGAUCCACAGCCAUAUUAAACUUGUUAACCAAUGGGCCUACCAGAUAAUUAUAGCUGUUGAACUAUAAACAAAAAACAUAACCCUUCUUGCAGUCGGGUAAAAAGUAGUGAAGCUCAAAAUCGUACUAACUUUUAAUCUCUAUUCGGAAAU